GUCAACAUUGCGCUGGCUACUGCGGCGCGCGCCACUUGUGGAAUACGCGGGAAAAAGACAGAGAGUUCCAAGAUCCAAGGAUAACAGUUAGACUUUUUUUUACUGUUUGUUUUUUUUUGCUGUUGUUUGAAUUGUGCCCGUGUAAAAAUGCAGUUUAGAAGCAUCCCGUUAGCUGCGGCUUUACUCAGCUGCUGCUGCUGCGCUCUGCUCGUCAAUGCCGCAGACCCCACCGAUGCAGUCGCUAAGCAGUCCACCGCACAAUCCGUCACGCCCCUGAAAUUGAAGCGGGACGCCGGCCUGAGCUUUGGAAGCGGCCUCUACCACGGCCCGUCGCACAAGUACCUGCCUCCCGGACCCUCACACUAUUCAUCGUACGCACUGCACGGAAAUGGACUGUCCUCCAGCAGCGGCUACGACUUUGGGCACGCAGAUACCACGCUGGAGAGCUACGGGGGACACCACUAUGGAGGACACUCCUCCCACUCCAGGCCCCACUACAUCAGCGGCAGCAGCAGCAGCAGCAGCAGCGGUGGCAUCGGCGGUGGACACCACCAUCAGGGUCCCAAGGUGGAGACGUACAUUGUGCAGACAAGUGGUGGAUCCAGCUCAGGGCAUGGCCACAGUUACCACGGACACGGUUCAAGUCACGGACCCAUUCAUGGACAUGGACAUGGUCAAGGCUACGGAUACAGUCAUGGAUACGGCCAGGGACAGGGACACGGAUCUGGAUCUAGCUCUGGCUCUGGCCUCGGCUACAAGUACUCCUCACAUGGAUCCACAGGUGGAGGCGGCGGAGGAAGCUACCUGAAUCUCCUAGGAGGCCACAAGCCCAGCAGCACCUACCUGGUGGCUGGUCCAGAGUACUCGCACAGCAUUCAUCACGGAGGAUCAGCAGGAGCUGGAGCGCGUCCCAGCUAUGCCAUCUCCUCCCCGCACUCCUCGGCUGGCCACGGUUUCAGUCACGGAUUCGGCCAUGGGCUGAGUCACGGACCCAACCACGGGUAUGCCCUCGAGCACGGCUCCAGUCACGGACACGCAAUAGAGCACGCCUUGGAGCAAGGACUGAGCCACGCCCUGAGUCUUGGCCAUGGAGGAGCACAGCUGGGAGGCUAUGCCCAUCUCGCCCCAGCAUCCCAUCCCUCACUGGAGCAUCAUCUGGGCGGAGAGGAGACAUCCGGCUACAGCUACGAGGCGCCCAGCAUUGGCUUCGGCAAAUCCCAGCCACUGAGCAGCUACGGAGUUCCGCUGCUGCCCGGCUAUGAGCAUCAGCAGCAUCCACAGCAUCCGCUGCCCGAUCAAGUGCAGGUCCAGGUGCUGGAGGAGCAGGAGCACAAGGCAGAGCAGGCUGCGGAGGAGCACCAGACGCCCGUUUAUGCAUUGGGACACAAGGGUCUGGGCCACUUUAGCUACACGGCCAGCAAGCCCCAGGCCCUGCACACCGAUGUCCUCUCUAGCAGCGGUGGCCACCAUCAUUCCAAUGAUAUUUCCCUGAACGAACUUUCCAAGGCGCCCUUCAAGCCCAGCGCCUUCCUGGGGGCCAAGCACGAGCCCAGCUCCGGCCCCGGCUCCGGCCCUGGCUCUGGCUCUGGCUAUGACUAUGCCACGCCCAGCAAUCAAUAUCUGCAGCCCCCGACAUCGUCGGGAUACGACUAUCAGGCACAACCGCAACAGGUGCUCUACGGGGCGCCGGGCCACUCAGGUGACUCGGCCACGCCCAUUUUCGAGCCAGAGGCCACCUACCUGCCGCCCGUGCCCACCCACGGAUAUCAUUAAAUUAUUUAACUAUUUUUAAGAGCUUAAAGCGCAACAAUCUAUUUUUAUUUUUUUUAUAUCAAAAUAAU